CAUGGUUUACACUCCAUUGUCCACAUCUCGCUGCUGUUGACCUCACAUGUGCUAACCAAUAUUUCUCUCAUGUGUUGCAGGUACCUGAAGGACCUCGGACUCGAGCGCCUGCCACCCCUCGGGAAUCUGCACUCUCUUGAGGCUCUUUACUUGAGUAGCAAUCGUAUCAAGUCGGUGGAAAACCUGUCGCUGACUGGGAUGUUGAGUUUGAGAGAGCUGGAUCUCUCCAGAAACCGUCUGACAACGAUGUCCUCUCCGCCCUUCAAAAGUGUCAAGCUCCGAAAGCUGAAUCUCAGUAGAAAUUACAUAUCUUAUCUGGAUACCCAGUCUUUCGAAAGUCUGCCACAUUUAGAAGAACUGAAGUUAUCUACAUAUAUACAUGUACACAUGUAA